CAAAUGUUGAAAAUUGGCAGAGACAGUUGUACGAAAAAUAAAAAAUGGUUAGAGCGGAGAGCAUACUACGUUGUUACCUGUGCAACUGCACAUUUGAGGACAAUAAGGUAUACGAGCACAUGUUCGACCAGCGCUACGACGCGGACGGCAUUGAGCUGAAGAGUCUGGCCAACAUUUUGGCAAUAGUCCUGGGCUAUGAACUGCAGAAAGAGCAGCUUCACUCCACGUUUGUGUGCAGCACCUGCAAGGUGAGCCUGCUCAACUUCGAGGCAUUAGAGAAUCAAGUGACUGCGGCACGGCUGGAAAUACAAGAAAAACAUAUGUUAACACUUGAGCUAAAUGGAAGACUAAUUAUGAAAGAGGAAGAGGAGGAAGAGGUGGAAGAAGAAGAGGAGGAAGAGGAAGAGGAGGAGGAUGAAAACGAGCUUCUAAGCGAGGACAACAGUUUGCUCGAGUCGGAUUUUGUCGAGGAGCACACAAUAACCAAUGUCGAACAUUUAAACAUACUGGAGCGAUGCCCAGAUGAUAUAGAACUAAUUAAUGAGAUGGACACGGACACGGACACGAACACGAACACGGAGAUCAACAAUAUAGACUAUGACGAGUGCGAUAGCGACGAGGAAGAGGAGCCGGAAGAUAAUUUCAAAGUGAAGCAAGGAGCAGCUGGCAAACAAUCGAAGGCACAAGCCAAGAACCGCUGCGGGUAUUGUGGGAAGACAUUCGGUCGGCGCCAAUGGCUGGAGGAUCACGAGCGUGUGCACACGGGCGAGCGGCCCUACAAGUGUGACCAGUGUCAUGCAACCUUUGCGCAACGCGCCAACUUGCGCAGUCACCUGUUGGCCACCCACGAAAAUAAGACGAGCUUUAAGUGCAACCAGUGCGAGCGCAGCUUUAAACGCAGGCGUCUGCUGGCUAACCACAUCAAGUCGAAGCACACUCAGGUGCGAGAUGUGAAAUGCGAGUUCUGUGAGGCAACGUUCGCCAGCCCGAUAAAUAUGAUGAAGCAUAUGCUCUGCCACACCGGUAAAAAGAACUACAGCUGCGAGAUCUGUGGCAAGCAGUUCAGUCGACCCGAAAAUCGCAACGUUCAUCACUUCGUGCACAGCAUUCGGAAGCCCUAUGCCUGCGUUGUCUGCGACGAGGACUUUAUGCGCAAGCAGCAGCUCCAGAAGCACAUAGCAAUUACCCAACAUCCCAAUCCGAAGAUCGUCCGUCGCCAGCCGAUGUUUAGUGCCGCCAACAGCGACAAGCUACUCCAAAGACCGCUCAGUGAGGCUAACAAAUGAUUGCCCGAUUUCAAAUAUGAGCAAUUAGCAAUAGAAA